AUGAAAAUAACGUCUCAACAUAUUAAACAUAUUAAUAGAAAUUUUAAGCCAAGUUGGAAAAAUGACUUUCCAUGGCUUGAAUAUGAUGCUGAAAGGGCCACAAAUAUUAAACUUUAUGCUGUAAAGGAGCAUACUAAAACCCAAGACCAUACCGAUUCAUGUAAAAAAAAUGAAAUUUUAAAUACACCACCUGAACAUAUUAAAAGCUUGAUGAAAAUAAUUUAUUGUCUUGCUAAAAAUGAUAUUCCGUUAAAUAAAUUCAGUCAAUUAGCUCAUCUUGGUCGUGCUAUUGGAGCUCCAGAUUUGGUUUCUGAGAAUCAUCCAAUUACUUAUGAAAAUAAUACUUCAAUCAGAAUCAUAGUUGACGAAAGCACAGAUAUUUCUACAGAAUCUCAUCUUAUUAUCUAUGUUAAAUAUCUUAUUAAUGGUAUUAUUAAAAUACAAUUUUUAAGUCUAUUACAAAUUGAAAAUAGUGAUGCAAAAUUUAUUUAUAAUACUAUAAUUAAUCCAUUUGUUACUAGAAAUCUACAGCAUAAAAUCUUCGCAUUUACAUCAGAUGGCGCAAGUGUAAUAAGAGAAAAUGGCAUUGCUACACAAAUGAAACAAAUAAAUCCAUAUAUAUUUACUACACAUUAUAUUGUGCACAGAUUAGCAUUGGCCUGUGAAGCUGCUAAAAAACAG